AUGUCGCUGAAUGUUACUGGGGCGUUCAGCAACAUCAACGCAGUGCAACGACUCAAUGCAGAGGAAUUGCGGCUCGGAAUAAGCGGCGAAGCCUCUUGGCAUAAUCAGUAUAGAAAUUCCUGCUACAUUUUCAUCAGUGGCUUAGACCCGCGGCUGACGGAGGGAGACGUGGCGAUCGUCUUCUCGCAGUGGGGGGAGCCGAUAGAUAUCGUUCUUAUAAGAGAUCAAAAAACAGGCAAGCUGCUCUCUCUAGCAGCUCUGCUGCUGCUGCUGCUGCUGCUGCUGCAGCGGCAGCAGCAGCAGCAGCAGCAGCAGUGUGUACCGAAGGGGUUUGGGUUUCUUGGCUAUGAAGACCAGCGGUCCACUAUCUUAGCUGUAGAUAACGCCAAUGGUAUGAAGCUGCUGCAGCGGACUCUACGGGUGGACCACUGCAAGGAUUUCAGGCCGCCUACUACAGCCGAGGGAGAGACAUAUCAACCUACAGGAGCAGAGGGGGCUGGUAUCGGCAAAUAUUUAGUAACGAAGAGAGAAGCAGCAAGACACAAGGUUCGCAUGCAGCAGCAGAAGCUGCAGCAGCAGCGGCAGCAGCAAGCCAUGGCGCAUGCAGCUGAAGGCGGCAAAGAUGUUGAUGAAAUGUGGGCAGAAGAAUUUGAAUUAAUGAUUUCCAAUCUGAAUAAACAAGCAGAAGCAGAAGUAGAUGCAUUAGAGCGCGAAGACAAACGCCUGAAAAAGAAACUCAAAAAAGAGAAAAAACGGCUAAAGAAAGAAACAAAAAAACAUAAAAAUACACAUAAACACAAACGCAGCAACAGCAAUAGCAGCAACAGCAGCAACAGCAGCAACAGCAGCAACGACUUCAAUCACAGCCGCGCAACAUCCCCAGUAAAAAACGAGCAGCAGCAACAGCAGCAGCAACAGCAGCAGCAACAGCAGCAGCAAGACACGAAAUCGAGGGGCCGCAGCAGCAGCCCAAGAGCCAGAGACAGCAGCAAAUCAGACAGACAAACGGAAGGCAGCAGCAGCAGCAGCAGCAGUAGCAGCAGCAGCAAGGGAGAUCGUUAUGCGGAAAGCAGCAGCAGGAGAGACAGGCAUGCAGAUAGCAGCAGCAGCAGCAGCAGGCGGGACAGGCAUGAAGGUGGCAGCAGCAGCAGCAGUAGCAGGAGGGACAGACAUGAAGAUAGCAGCAGCAGCAGCAGCAGCAGCAGCAGGAGAGACCGACAUGAAGGCAGCAGAAGGAGCAGCAGCAGGAGCAGAAGAGACCGGUAUACAGACAGCAGCAGCAGCAGCAGCAGCAGCAGCAGGAGAGCUGAUGAUAGGGCUGGGAGCAGCAGCAGAGACGGGGGAGAGUUGAGUAGAGGGGAUAUAAAGACAGAGAAGGAGCAGCAGCAGCAGCAGCAGCAGCAGCAGCAGCAAGAUAAAAAAGUAGCUGGCGGCAGCCGCAGCCGCCACCGCAGCACCAGAAGCAGAAGCAGAAGCAGAUAA